ACCUCCCACGUUCCUUCUAAAUUCUUUAAUUAAAUAACCGGAGUUUUGACGAACACAAUGCUCGUGGCGACAUUUUCAGAGCAAGAGCAGAAAGAACUAGCCGAGAAGCUCACAUCGCUCCUGUCAACCUACAGGCACAUAUCAGACUCCUACAUAAUAGAGUUCUUCAGCGAGAGCUUGUGGGAGACUCUGCCGGUGAGCUGGCAGGAGGCCCUCGGUGAUCUUACACCCCCGAUGAUCGCUGAUCUGCUGCUGGAUGACAAGAUUAAGGACAGGCGCUACUCAUCUGUUUGGCCUCUGUCUUUACUGGCACUGCGGACAGCAGCACAUGCACUGACGUUUCCACGUACAACUCCAGGUGGGCACCAGCAGAACGCAGGUGUAGCAGCAGAGGAGUUUCAGUCCAACCACAGUCAGAGCUCUUUGUUAGGACACAUUUUCCGUAAACAUGUCAAGCCAAAGAAGCAGCAUGAAAUCCGCCGACUCGGCAUGCUCGUCAAGGAGUUGUGUGAUCAGGCUAACUGUAACUGUGUGGUUGAUGUUGGGUCUGGACAGGGUCAUUUGACUCGCUUUCUGUCUUUUGGACUCGGUCUGCAUGUCACCGGAAUCGAGGCUGAUCCUAACCUUGUUUCCAUGGCUACCAAAUUUGAUAGACAGCUGCUACAGACACUCACCAAGGAGAAUCAAAGUUCAGGAAAAGCUCACGUUCUGCGUUCUGAACCUGGACCUCCUCCUCGUCACGUGGUGGGCUGGGUGAACCCAAAGGCUUCAUGGGACGUCUUCAUUCAGCAGCUCGGUAUGACAGCAACUGAAAGUGACAGUAUUGGAGCAACCACUGAAAAAAAACAGCGAGUGGAGGAUCUGCAUCUGGAGCCGCUUUCAUGCCAAACCAAAGCAGAGGACUUACAAAAUACACUUCACUCUCAAAAAACUGCCUCUCAAACAAACACGUCCAUUUUUCCAUCAGGCACAGCAACCGAAAUGCUUACCUGUAAAACCAUACCCAUUCCUAAACGUGAUCCUGGUAGUUUUGUCCUAACAGGUCUUCAUGCCUGCGGAGAUCUUAGCGCCACACUUUUACGGCAUUUCACCAACUGCCCUCAUGUUAACGUCAUCACAUCUGUUGCUUGCUGUUAUAUGAAGAUCUCCACCAAGGAGAACCCAAACCCUCCUGGAGUUUUCCAGCCACCGUUUUUCUCGGACAUCACAACGGCAGAUUUUUGUUCGGAAUUUGGUUAUCCAAUGAGCAACUGGGUCCGUGGAUUAACGGGACACCAGCUGUCCUAUAAGGCCAGAGAAGGAGCAUGUCAUGCAAUAGAGGAGUAUCUCCAGCGGCUGAGAGAGGAGAGCACAUUAUUGCGCACACACUGCUAUAGAGCCAUCCUAGAAAACAUCAUCAGAGCCCACAGGCCUGAUAUCCGCAGACCGGGAGUUCAGACCGUGAAGAAAGCCCACAUGCUGUCAUUUUCAGAGUUAGUUACAUUUUUUUGUCACAUUCGUAAGUAUGCUCGUCUGGCACUGCCACGGGUGGGUUUACCUGCUGAUCUCCCAUUUGAUCCUGUCUGUGUGGAUGCAAUGCUUGCCCAGCAGGGUAAAGUAGUGGCGUAUUUCAGCCUGGUUCUUCUGCUGGCACCGGUGGUGGAGACUCUAGUGUUACUGGACAGAAUAAUUUUUCUGCAGGAAAGAGGUUUUCAGAGUAAGCUCAUCCCGCUCUUUGAUGCUGCUUUUUCUCCACGAAACCUGGUUCUGGUGGCCGUCAAGUCUGAAGAAACACGAAGCUGAUCUCAAAACCACAUAAACUAUACAGCAACGUAUUAUGAAGGAAUUGCCCUCGAAUGAACCCCUACACAAACUACAAGAAAUUUAGGAUGUGAAAUUAGAGGUCUGAUUUUCCAGAGAGAUCCAUUACUGGCUCAUUGUUCAGUUAUCUUUCCCCCUUCAUGCAUGAUUUGACUUAUUAGUCUUGAUAGUUUAAAUUGUUGCUCGUCUGAAUAUGUGGUUUCAGUAGUUUUGACAUUUAAAGAUUAAUGACAGACAAAUUGUAUUGCUUAAUUUCCCAUUAUCAGUCAGGAGUUAUUGUACAAGCUUGUUUCUCUAAUAAAAUACUUUUCACCUCCACUCUAAAAUACAAUUAAUAUAUAAUUGAAGGAUUAUUCAGUGUAAAUGUUAUCGUGCAGAGAUGCCCAGACUAGGGCCUUAGGGCCAAAGUUGACCCAUGGUAACCUGUGCGAGUUGGCCCACCAUACAAUCAGAGAAGUGAUGGUGAGGGUUAGGGGUGAAUGCUUUUAACUGAGAUCGGCAUUUCUGAUAUAACAUGACCUUUUUAAAUUUGUUUUAUUGCUGUGCUACAAAAACUAAAAUGUUUUGAUUAAAUCUUGUAAAUAAAUCUGAUUUUCUAAAAUGUAAAUACUCUGUCUACAGACAGAGAACAAUGCAGAAAACAUCAGUGAACAAAUCAAGGCAAAAACAGGUGCAGCUAAACUUGUGUAUUCGGCUUUGAAAUCCACUCUGUUUUGAAUGGGAUUGCUUUUACAGUUAUGAAUUCAAUAAACAUUUAAAAA